AUGCAACAGCAUCAGCAAAUAAAACGAAAACUAACCUCAGCCACAUCACUGCCCACUCCCAGUGCACCCAAACGAGUGUCCACUCACCUCAGUGGCCGCAGAUCUUCUCUGGUCUCGAUGCCCUUCACUUGGAUACAGUGUCCUUUUGUCCGGCCUUUGUGGUGCAACAUGUCUUUGAUUUUCGUACUUUUGUUGCUGCUCGAUGGGGCUCAGGGCGCUUUUAGAGCGGAAGAUGUGAUUCAACAGCUCAAUGAGGAUCUUAAACUUCAGCUGAAUAUUUAUUUGAAUUGUGGAGAUGUCAUUGAGCUGCUGCCUCGCAUGGAUAUGCCCAAAGUUAUACUGGAAACGAAAGCGGAGGAUCCGCUGCCAAGGAUUUUGGGGCGCUACAGUGAACGCUCCCUAACGAUCGCCUGUCUGGCGGAUAAUCAAACGCUCUCGGGAAUUGUGCAACUUCUUUGGGGACUGCAGCAUUUGCCGAUACUCUUUCUGCUGUCAAACCCAAAGGAGUUCGCAUUCGAAAGGGCGCUCAGCCAGGGUUUCCUGCACGUAUUGGCGCUAAAUCUAAGGAGCGGGGAACUGUACACCUAUCUGCCAUACCCCACUGUACAGAUCCAACGACUGGAGAGCAUCUCGGAGUACCAUCGCCUGACGCAACUCAAAAAUCUGCAGCGGCAUGCGGUGCACAUCACGGUGGAGACAAUGGCGCCGCGUUGCUUCCACUACACGGAUCGCAGUGGCAGGAAUGUCUACGCGGGUUACAUGUACAAGCUGCUGCACGAGUUCGUACGCGUCCACAACGGCACAGAGGUGGCUGUGCUGCAGGACAUGGAUCCCAUACCCCUGGACACCGGUUUGUUCAUGUUCAAGCGGGGUGUCAUUGAUAUGGCGCCGAGGAUCAUCCAUCCACUGGGCUGGGUGGCCUACUAUCGCAGUCAUGUGCUCUUCAAUGUGAACGGAUACAUUAUGGUGCCCUGGGCGGAGCCCCUGCCCAAGAGUCUGUACAUUGUGCGUCCAUUUGAGUCGUCCGUGUGGGCGGUGCUUAUUGGUUAUCUGCUGCUGGCCACAAUCAUCAUUCGCUGCAUGAGGGAUAGGACCAGCAGCCUUGCGGCAAUCUUUCUGCAGGUGCUGCAAAUGUUGCUGCAGCAAUCGCUGAGCACCAUGUGGCACUAUACCCAAGGACUGCGGCAUGUUCUCGUUUUCUUGGCGCUCUUCACUGUGGGUUUUAUCCUGAGCACGAUGUACCAGGCGCAGCUAUCGAGCUCCGUGACGACGGGACUGUACAAGCGGCAGAUCAACAGCUUCGAUGAUCUCGCGCACACCGAUCUCAAAAUGAUGAUGGAGAACUUCGACAUUGAGUUCCUGAUGAACCACACCAAGUCGGGCGUCAUUCAGCCGGAACUCCUCAACAUCGUGCUGAAUAAAUCCCUCGAUGAGGUCUUCUACCAUCGCAAACAUCUGAACACCUCGUACAUCUAUCAGGCCAUAGAGGAUCGCCUCCGUUUCGAGCUCUUUCAGCAAAGGUAUCUCCGUGUGCCGCUGUUCAAGCAGCUGCCGGAGGUCUUCUAUCAGGUGCCCUUCUUUGUGGGCAUGAGGCAUGGCCUGCCCUACGCCAGUCUCUUCAAUGUCUACCUACGACGCAUCUGGGAGUCGGGCAUACUGUUGAAGUGGGAGGGAGAUGCCUACUUUGAGGGCAUAUUCAGUGGCGAGAUUAGCUUUCACACGUCCACGGGCCUGCAGAUACAGGUCUUUGAUAUGGAAUUCUAUUAUUGCACCUACAUACUGCUGGCUCUUGGUUGGAUUGUCAGCGGAAUUGUGUUUGCGAUUGAGAGAUUGGUGUGUGGGCGGCAGGCAGCAGGUGGAAUUUGUUAG